UUGUACAGUCACUCUCCGUGCAUCCUCGUCUUCGAUAGCAUUACCACAAACACAGCUUCAACCACAAACCGGGAACUUUACAGCUUUACCAGAGAAUGCAUAACAUGUUACGGUUUUAUGAAUCAUAUGGAUAUUUUUUCCUGCUGAACUCUGAGAGUGAACAAUGAUGUAGGCGAAACUUUCUGGAAUUAUUCAAGAAUGGUGUGGAUUUAAUUAUUUAAGACUGUCUGUAACGAGACAGCUAAUGAGAUUAUAAUGGGAAGCGUGCAACCAGUCGCACAUAUGAUCGAUGAUGAUUGUCAUAAAUGGCUCUUAGAAAACCAAACACAUUGAAUUAAAGGUCUCAGAAAAUGCCAUUGUACGUUACAUUACGCAGGCCAAGGAGACAGUGUUAUGUCAAAACAAGGGAAUGAUGCCAAGAACGGAAUGUUAGAGCAAUAAACACCAUGUCAAGUUGGCAAACACAAACAACAGACACAUAUUAAAUCACUGUGAAAAUUGAUGUACAUGCAAAGGAACGUAUGCUUAGAAAAUCCUAUGGAUGAAUAUCUUAAAUUACAUGGAAAAACAAAAUUCCUGGAAAUGGUCAGAUCUUUCAGCGUUGUUAGAGUGAAGAAUCUUAGCCACAAAGUUCAAAUUAGGGUCGACAACCGUUUAAAUGAUUGAAUUAACUCCCCUGCCUAGGAAGGACCCAGAAGGUGCCACUUUUGACGUCAUAGAAGAGGAAUCGGAACCGGAUGCCAAUGGCGAUGCGCCGACCGAAGAGGAUGAUAGCAGUGAUCCACUAGCGCCGACGUCUGACACUGAGGCGGAUUGUGAAGGCAGUUCCGGUCAUGAAGCAUCUGAACCCCUGUGUCAAAAAUGCCCGAAGUGCAGUCCCACGUGUGUGGCCAUAUCGAGCGGCCUCGUGUCCAUGGUGCUGGUGUGUGUCGUGGUCAUCAUGGCCUUCCACCUUGGAGCCGUACACUACUGUAUAUUCGGACACACUCGGAUCUUCCGGGACACCGAUGACUCGAACCGAGGUGUGUUUGAGGACCUGUCUCCCAAUGAGUACAAAUCUGUUAGAGACUACAUGUUUGAAACGUCGAAAAUCGGCUUAGUUCCCAUCACCAAAGCUUUUCCGAAUCAAAGUUACAUUUAUUUGAUAGAUUUACACAUUCCAUUGAAGACGUCGGUGCUUGAACAUUUAGACCGGGGAAGUGUAAGGUUAAAACGGGUCGCAAAAGUGGUUGUAAUCAGAGGAAAUUUAGAAUCGCCUCGGGUUGAGGAGUACCUUGUAUCCCCACUUCCGGUUCCCACGAGUCACCGUCUGGCGAGAAACCCUCUUUACGCCCGAUACCCGGUACCGUACACCAGCCGACCCAUGGACCAGGUCGAUUAUCGGUUCGUUUACCCGAUAAUUUCACAAUUUACCAAAGAAAUUUAUCAUAUACUUAUGGACAGUUAUGGGUUGUGUUAUCAUAAUUGCACAAAAGGUAUAAACUGUAUGCUAUUUAGGGACACUGCGCCCAGUGGCCUGGAGAGCGGCGAUCGAAUCACGUGGUUCCGCGCCUAUAGGGACGUCGACGGGUACUUCCUACAUCCCCUUGGACUGGAGAUACAGAUUGACCACAAAUCUACAGACAUUUCCGACUGGAUGAUUGAACGUAUCAUGUACAAUGGUCAUCUCAUUUAUACCGUCUCAGAUUUUAUUGAACGUUAUAAUACUGGCCAAAUUAAAAAAGUUUCUCUCUUGAGACCUGUCGGACGCCCCGAGGAUCUUUAUUCCUCCUAUCAUCGACGCGGGACGUCGGAAAUGCCACAUCCACUGCGUCCACCACGCUUGAUGGAACCCGAUGGGAACCGAUUUACAAUCACCAACCAGCAUGUGCAAUACAUGCACUGGGACCUCGACGUUCGGAUGAGGCCAUCAACUGGGCUACAGAUAUUCGAUGUCCGAUUUCAAGGGGAGAGGUUGGCGUAUGAAAUCAGCUUACAGGACGCAGUAGUUUUCUCAUCCGGUUACGGCCCAGCGCAGAUGAUCAGCAACCUGUACCUGGCCUCGUGGAUGAUUGGCGCGUCCUCGUUCGAACUCGUCCGUGGCGUGGAUUGUCCGGACACCGCUUCAUUUCUGGACCUUCAUCAUUUUGUGAACUCUGAUGAACCUAUGCUUUAUAGAAAGUCUGUGUGUGUAUUUGAGCAGGACCCCGGUAUUCCGUUACGCCGUCAUUACGAGGAUGAUUUACGUAACGGCUAUCGACGUUACGGUGGUCUGGUCGAUUAUCAUUUAGUUGUCAGGCAUAUAGCGACUAUUCAGAGUAGUGAUUACAUAUUUGAUUACAUAUUUCAUUUGAAUGGGGAAAUACAAUUACGUGUUUCUCUAACGGGUUACGUUCAAGCUACAUAUGACGUACCGUUUGAAAGUCCAUACGGAAAUCCAUUAUAUUUUGGUGUCGCGGGAAACGUUCUACAGACUGUAUUUCAUUUUAAAACUGAUUUAGAUAUACGGAGAGUAGAAAAUAGGUUCGCUAUAUUAGAAAUUAAAAAAGAGACGCAGAGACACCCAUGGUACCCCGGACUCAAUAAAACACAAUUCCGGCUAAAGAAACACAGUCUUUUACGAGAAAUGGACCUUGUUGUGGGAGAUUUUCCUUAUCCAAAUUAUUAUUUACUAUUUGACGAGAACCCGACAAAUCAAUACGGGACUCAUCGUUCAUAUAGAAUCAUAAAUGAAGGCGUGACGCCAUUUCUCCUAGAUGACGUCAACAUCACUAACGCAGCUAAUUGGGUAAAGUAUCCGGUAAUUGUCACUAAAUAUGACGAUACAGAGGACCAUUCGAGUUCAAUCUACGCUCAAAAUGAUCCCUGGGACCCUGUGGUGGAUUUUGAAAGGUUUGUUAAUGAUAAUGACACAAUCGUGAACGAGGAUCUUGUUAUCUGGGCAGCAGUUGGAAUUUACCACGUGCCGUCAACAGAAGACGUACCGUCAACGUCAACGUCAUCGCAAAGUAGAUCACUUCGGCUCGUCCCGUACAAUUUCUUCACAGAGGACCCGAGUGUGUCGUCUCCUAAUACAGUUCAAAUCAUUCCUGAUGGCGAGGAUAUAAAAGUAAACAUGUUCGGUACGUCAGAUGACGUCAGUUGCGCUCCUCAAUCGCUGGGUCCGCAGACAUUCUACGGGUAUCGUGCAGACGAUUAAGGGAGGCAAAUAUGUACUGUUUGUGUUAUGGGAACAUCACUUACGUCCCUUAAUUAGGAUUAUGCUUUCACGAGGUAUUAUAUACUUCAGACUUUCUUUGACUGUCAUGUACAUGUGAUAUGCUUGCUAUUCAGGAUGGAACAAGAACGCAAUAUUACCAACUGCUUAUACAUGUAUAUUUGAUUGUGUGUUUUAACCGGUGUUUAAUGUCCUAUGCUUUUGUGUUUCCAAAUAGUUUAUUUUCGAUCUAGCUCUUAUUAACCAUUUUCAUUCAUCAAAGGUUUGAUAAUGAUCAAUCUUACUAUCUGUGGUACGUAUAGCAUUAUCGCUCUUGUGUUCUAUAAUGUUAUUAACAGGCCUACAUAUUUAUUCCAUGUAUUGUUGUGAUGAAAGUUCUAUGAUUAAGCAAUACAUAAUCACACAUAUACUCAUUAGAAUAUUUCAUUGAACAUUUUUUAUUCUAUGUUAUUGUCAUAUGAUCCCGCUACACAUAGUUCAAUUAUAAACAUUGUACAUUGUAUGUCAUUAAAUGGCUCACUGAACUUUUCCGUAAAAACCAACAAUAUUUGCAUUAUGUUUUAUUGAAUAUUUAUAUAAAAAAUGUA